CUCAUGCAGCGAUGUUUAAUAUAUUUUCUUGCUUUUUUGGCAACAUUUAGUAACGUUAGAUGUGUUUUAAAAACGGCAGAUUUGCAUUGCAUGUUUCUUGGAUACCCAGAUCUGGAAUAUGAUGGAUUUGAUCGAACUGAGGUAUUAACCGAGAAAAACUUUAACAAAACAUGUUUUGCCGAUGGCGCUAAAUCUGUAGUAUUUUUUAAUGACGUAGAAGAGGAUGACAGUGAGUUUGAUCAGUACGAAUGUUUUCUUCAGAUUAUGACAAAAAGAGGAUAUAACUUCUACACUGUAAAUACAACAAAAGAGAUAAGAUUAAGAAAUCAGGAAGAGGUCGAGAAAGGCGAGGAUACUAUUCAUGUCUAUAAAGAUGGCUACAAAAUUGAAUAUAAUGGAGUUAGAGAUCCGGAUACAUUUGUUUCGUGGCUAAUGGAUGUUCCUGACGACCCCGUUACAAUUAUAAACGACAAAUUCGAUCUAGAAGAGUUUGAGGAUAUGGAUGAUGAAUGCGUGAGAAUUAUUGGAUAUUUUGAGCCUGGCAGUGCAGCUCUUAAGGAAUUUGAAGAAGCAGCAGAAGAAUUUAUGGGAGAAGUAGAAUUUUUCGCUGUAGUAACCAGCUAUUGGGCAAAGAAAGUUGGCUUAAAACGUGUUGGGGAAGUACAGUUACUUCAUCCAUUUGAAGAUGACCCAAUAUAUGCCCCAGCCUCAGUAGACACUGAAGAAGAAUUUGAAGAUUGGGUAGAAAAACAUAGGGAACCAGUAAUGCAAAAACUUCGUUUGGACAAUUAUUUUAAUGUUUGGAGAGAUCCAGAGGAAGAUGAACGUUUAGUUUUAGCUUUUUGUGACGAAGAAACACGUGAAGGAAGAGCAUUGUUUAAAUUAUUAAGGAAGUUGGCAGAUGAAAAUCAAGAACAUGCAGGGAAACUUGAAAUUGUUCUAAUUGAUCCAGAUGAGUUUCCGUUGAUGGUUGAUGUUUGGGAGGAAAUGUUUGGCAUUGACAUUGAAGAAAGUCCACAGCUUGGACUUGUUGACAUUUCAGAACGCGAGGGUAUUUGGUUUGAAAUGAGCCAAUUAAAUUUAGACGACCCUAAAAAACAUUGUGACGCAAAUCUUGAAGCUUUACAGCUUUGGAUAGAUCAAAUAAUGGCGGGUACAAUCUCAUUAGACGAUGAUGACGAUGAUGAACCUCCACCCCCACCGAAAGCUGCAGGAAACUCGAAAAAGAUCAAAAAAGAGUUGUGA